GUGACAGUUGUCGAGGUCCAAAUGUAGGCACCGCUGUUUAAAAUGCCUGAAUUUGAACUUGUUGACUACAAGGUCUUGGAUAAAAUCGGAGAAGGUUCCUUUUCCGAAGUAUAUCGCAUCAAGCACAAACGAACGGGAUUUUUCUACGCCGCCAAAAAGCUCAACAAAGUCUUCGUAGAUUCGGCGGAAGCUUUGCAAUGUUCCGAAAUCCAGGUGAUGAAGGUCCUUGACUAUCACCCGAACGUGGUCAGCUUUGUCGAUAUUUUACAUGACGAGCUGAACGGAAGUUUAACUCUAAUAAUGGAACUGAUGGACAUGAGCAUGUACGACUACAUUAAAAACCGGAAACGGUGCCUAUCUGAGAAGCGGGUCAAGCGAUUCCUUUUCCAAAUCGUUUCUGGACUGCACCACCUCCAUCGCAAUGGGAUCUUCCACAGGGACAUCAAACCGGAGAAUAUCUUGAUUAAAAUCCCACACAAACUGAAGGAAAGCGAGCUGGUGCAAUUGGCCGAUUUUGGGUCAAUCUGUAGCGUUCAUCAGCAUCCUCCUUACUCGGCUUACAUUUCCACACGGUGGUACCGUUCGCCGGAGUGUUUGCUCACAUCUGGCUAUUAUGGACCGAAAAUGGACAUAUGGGCCAUCGGGUGUUGCUUCUACGAAAUGCUUACCCUUAAUCCGUUGUUCCCCGGUGAAAACGAACUGGACCAGCUUCACCUAAUCCACGAGGUUGUGGGCUCUCCGUCGGCGGCGGUCUUGGCCAAAUUCAGGCAUUUGAACGAGCUGAACUACGAAUUUCCCAAACGAAAACCGACCGGAUUCCGAGUGCUGAUUCCGCUGCUCAGCCAUUACGGGGUGGACGUUUUGAACCGCACGUUGGCGUACGUUCCGGAGGCCAGGAUAAGUACCGCAAAAUUGCUGCAGCACGUGUACUUUGAGGAUAUCUGCAAAAGCAAGAAAUCUUCUCGGUUAUCAUAUUCUAUGCAGUGUCUCGACAACGUGGGCGAUGGUCCCGGCAAGAAAGGCAGUCCGCAACGGAAGAGCACCAAAAGUUCUAUCGGCAGUACCGAAUCCCUGAACCGUUCCCUCCGAAGUAAGGCGAGCAGCGUGAACACCACAAUUACAACGAGUGGGCGAAUCAACUGCAGUUCCAGCAGCAACAGUGCCACCAGCAGCUACCAACAACGAAAUCUUGCCGCCGAAAUGAUCAAGAACAAAAAUCUCGAACGCAUGUGGGGCAUGAAUCCGAGUCCGGGCAAAACGCGACUGGGACAACAGCUUACGACACGUGCUAAGGUCCCCUAGUUGGGGGCUUCCAAUCCCAAA